AUCUGUAAACAAACAUGGCAGUGGGCGAUGGCGGCGGUCUCGGGCGGCCCUGAGGCUCUGUGAGCGCCGGUGUCUGCCGGGGCUGCGGGCGGGCGGCUCCGCCCGCUCCUCGUGCAGAGGCUGCGGCGAGAGGGAUCGGGACUGGCGGCACACAUGGAUGACAGCAAGGUGGUUGGAGGCAAGGUAAAGAAACCAGGCAAACGAGGUCGUAAACCAGCCAAAAUAGACUUGAAGGCAAAACUUGAAAGAAGUCGUCAGAGUGCGAGAGAGUGCAGAGCCAGGAAGAAGCUGAGGUACCAGUACCUGGAAGAGCUGGUUUCAAGCAGAGAGCGAGCCAUCUGUGCUCUCAGAGAAGAGCUUGAAAUGUACAAGCAGUGGUGCAUGGCCAUGGACCAAGGGAAAAUCCCCUCGGAAAUAAAAGCCCUGCUAACUGGAGAGGAGCAAGGCAAAGCACAGCAGAACUCAACCAAACUUGCCAAGGCUGCAAAGACAGAGGCAAACAGCAGCAAUCCCUGAGGCCGAUGCAGAACCUUCCGCGCUGCAGCAGAGGUGGCUUGGGAGCUGGCGGGAGGAAGAAUGCUGUUCUCAAGAGUGGAUGCAUCCCCAGGUGCAGAGGAAAGGAUCCCAGUCUGUUCUCUUCUCUUUGCUCCUCCCCACAUGAAAUUCUUUGAUUAUGGUAUUCCUAAGGCUUUGUGAGUGGGGCUUUUGGAGCAGCAGGUGUUGGUGUAAGUGGAGCCUUGUUCUUCCUUACACUGCCCUCCCC